AUGAAGUGCCCCAUCUGCCACGACCUCGUCGACCGCCCCGUUACUACCCCCUGCGGGCACAACUUCUGCCUCGUGUGUUUCCGCAAGUGGCUGGCGCAGGGCAAGCGCAGCUGCGCCAAGUGCCGCCGCGCGGUGCCGCCCGACAUGAUGAAGCAGCCGCGCAUUAACCCCGUCAUCGUCGCCGCCAUCCGCCACGCCAAGGCCGCCGCCGCCCGCGCGGCCGCCGGCGGGCUGUCCACGUCAGCAGCACCAUCGAAGCCGUACGAGCCAAUCUGCAACGAGAAGCGGCCCGACCAGGCAUUCACCACGGAUCGCGCCGUGCGCAAGGGCCUCUCUAACGCGGCCUCGGGCCGGAUAUUCGUGACUAUAGCGGGGGACUUUUUCGGGCCAAUCACAGCAGAGUACGACCCGGAGAGGGGGACGGGCGUGGAGGUGGGCGAGACGUGGGCGAGCCGGCUGGAGUGCCGGCAGUGGGGCGCGCACCUGCCGCACGUGGCGGGCAUCGCGGGGCAGUCCCACCAUGGCGCGCAGUCAGUGGCGCUGUCGGGGGGUUACGAGGAUGACGAGGACAACGGCGAGUGGUUUCUGUACACUGGCAGUGGGGGCCGGGAUCUGAGUGGCAACAAGCGGACCAACAAGGAGCAUGCGUUCGACCAGCGCUUCGACAAGAGCAACCAGGCGCUCAGGCUCAGCUGCCUCAAGGGCUACCCCGUGCGCGUCGUCAGGUCGGAGAAGGAGAAGCGAUCCAGCUAUGCGCCACAGGCCGGUGUGCGGUACGACGGCAUCUACCGCAUCGAACGCUGCUGGCGCAAGAAGAGUAAAGUGGGCUUCCUCGUGUGUCGCUAUCUCUUCAUGCGCUGCGACAACUCGCCUGCCCCCUGGACCAGUGACGAUGUGGGCGACAGCCCGGGGCGGCAGCUGCCACAGGUGGCGGAGUUGAAGCAGGCGGUGGACGUCACAGAGCGCACAGGGCCACCUGCAUGGGACUGGAUUGUGAGUGGCGCACGGUGGACCUGUCCUUUCCUUGCUCUCUCAAGCCGGUCCUUUCCUUGCUCUCUCUACCCGACCACAGGAGGAGAAGCAGCAGUGGGGGUGGGUGCGGCCGCCCCCAGCAUGCACCAAGCCCAUCGGCGGCACCAGCACGGCGUGGCGCUCCGCCAAGCGCUUGGCGGCAAGCAGCACGGGCGAGGCGGUGAAGAAGCGCCGAGCGCUGGCGCAGAAGAGACUCGCCAAAGGCCUCCUCUCCAUCUCACGCCUCCUCUCCAUCUCAUGCCUCCUCUCCAUCUCAUGCCUCCUCUCCAUCUCAUGCCUCCUCUCCAUCUCGUGCCUCCUCUCCAUCUCAUGCCUCCUCUCCAUCUCACGCCUCCUCUCCAUCUCACGCCUCCUCUCCAUCUCAUGCCUCCUCUCCAUCUCAUGCCUCCUCUCCAUCUCAUGCCUCCUCUCCAUCUCGUGCCUCCUCUCCAUCUCAUGCCUCCUCUCCAUCUCACGCCUCCUCUCCAUCUCACGCCUCCUCUCCAUCUCACGCCUCCUCUCCAUCUCAUGCCUCCUCUCCAUCUCAUGCCUCCUCUCCAUCUCAUGCCUCCUCUCCAUCUCAUGCCUCCUCUCCAUCUCACGCCUCCUCUCCAUCUCACGCCUCCUCUCCAUCUCGUGCCUCCUCUCCAUCUCAUGCCUCCUCUCCAUCUCAUGCCUCCUCUCCAUCUCGUGCCUCCUCUCCAUCUCAAGCCUCCUCUCCAUUUCACGCCUCCUCUCCAUCUCACGCCUCCUCUCCAUCUCAUGCCUCCUCUCCAUCUCAUGCCUCCUCUCCAUCUCAUGCCUCCUCUCCAUCUCAUGCCUCCUCUCCAUCUCAUGCCUCCUCUCCAUCUCACGCCUCCUCUCCAUCUCAUGCCUCCUCUCCAUCUCACGCCUCCUCUCCAUCUCACGCCUCCUCUCCAUCUCAUGCCUCCUCUCCAUCUCAUGCCUCCUCUCCAUCUCAUGCCUCCUCUCCAUCUCACGCCUCCUCUCCAUCUCACGCCUCCUCUCCAUCUCAUGCCUCCUCUCCAUCUCAUGCCUCCUCUCCAUCUCGUGCCUCCAGUACCCAAACCUCCCUUCGCACCCACCCCUCCAAUUCCCCCCUCCCCCUCAGACUUCGCGUGUCUGCUGUGCAGGGGCGUGCUGCGCGACCCGGUGUCCACGCCCUGCCAGCACAGCUUCUGCCUCGCAUGCCUGCAGGCGCGCUUCCAGGGGCAGGCCGACACGCGCGACCGCUCCAAGACAGCGGGGCGGUCGCUGCGAGCGCAGAAGAUCGUGAAGCAGUGCCCCGCUGUGCGCUGCACGGCUGACAUUGCAGACGUGCUGUCCCGGCUGCAGGUGAAUCACGACAUGGCAGACCUGAUAGCCAUGCUGCUCGCAGAGACACACGCACAAGAUGCAGAUGAGGGGGAUGCAGGGGAGGGUGGGGAGGGGGGCGAUGCAGGGCAGGGCGGUGAGGAGGAUGGGGAGGAGGGCGCAGAGGGAGAGGAGGAUGAAGAGGAUGAGGAAAACGAGGAGGACGAGGGGAAGGGCAGUAGAGGGCAGGACGAAGGGAGGGAGCGUGAUGGAAGCAUGGAAGGUGCAGGAGAGGAGGGGGUGAAGGAGGAGGGGCGGAGCAAGGGGGUGCAAGCGUUGAAUGCGAUGGGUGCUGCGGGGAGCAGCGGAGGAGCGGGUGAGGGGAAAGGCAACGGCAUGCAGGGAGAGGUGGACGGGGGAAGGGAAGGCGGAGUGGAUGAGGGGAAGACUGGGGGAGUAGCAGGUGCGUUGAGUACCACUUCAGGUGGCGUUGUUGCUGGUGGCGUUGCUGCUGGUGGGACAGCUUCGGCACCAGAGGAGACAGCAGCAGAGGGAGCAGCUGUGGAAUGGGCAGAAACAGAGGGGGCGGCAGCAGGAAAGGCGUCAGCAGCAGCGGCACUGGUGGCAUGCAGGUCGAUGGCGGCUGCUCCAGAGGGGUUGCGGGAGGUGAUGAGGGAAUACCCUGAGUUCGAUGAAGCAACGCUGCGAGACAUGCUGGUGCGAAUGUGGGGUGGGAGGGAAAGAUUGGUGAUCUGUGCCAAGGGGGGAGGGGAAGAAUGGUGA